CCCGCGCGGGGCCGGGUGCUUGAGGCGGGAGCGGCGCGAUGGCGGACUCGGGCGGCGGCGAGGAGGUGCUGCUGACCCCGGCGGAGCUGCUCCGGAGCCUGCAGCAGGCCUGGAUGAAUGAGAUGUUUUCCCCUGAGCUUUUGGAGAGCAAGUCAGAAGUGGUGGACUGUGUGGUCGAGCAACUGGAGCACAUGGAGGCAAAUCUGAAACGGGCUGAGAAAGGUGAUCUCAAGGUCAGCAUUCACCGCAUGGAGGUCGAGAGGAUCCGUUACAUCCUCAGCAGCUACCUGCGCUGUCGCCUCCGGAAGAUUGAGAAAUACUUUCCCCAUGUCCUGGAGAAGGAGAAGACUCGGGCAGAGGGGGAGUCAGCCCUCCUAUCACCGGAAGAGUUUGCCUUUGCCAAAGAGUACAUGGCAAACAUUGAGGCUCAUCUCAGAAAUGUGGCCUUGAAGCACAUGCCUCCCAACCUGCAGAAGAUGGAUCUCCUGAAGUCUGUUCCCAAACCGAAUCUGGAUUCCUUCGUAUUCCUGCGGGUGAAAGAGAGACAGGAGAAUAUCCUGGUGGAACCAGAGACUGAUGAGCAGAGAGAAUAUGUGAUUGAUCUGGAUGAAGACUCUCAGCAUCUGAUCAGAUACCGAACCAUUGCUCCCCUGGUGGCUUCUGGGGCAGUUCAGCUCAUAUAAGCAGCAUGGAGAUGCUUGGACAUUCUUGCAAAUGCUGAAGCAAAGAUUUAUCCCACAUCAAAAGGACUGGCUGGUAACCUGGUAAUUCACCUCCCUUUGCUUGCUGGCGUCUGGACAACUCUUGAUGAAGCUAAAAUAGCAACUUGAGAUCAUGUCAGGGGGAAUGUCCCCAGAAGACAGGAAAAAAGGGCUGUUAUCCCUGGAAAGAGGAUUUUGGAGGUGGAGAAGCUUGACUUCUCAAGCAGUCUGGCUUCAGAAAGAGGCAAGGCUGCUGUUCUGUUGCAUCUCCAGAAGAUGGCAGUGUUUCACUGGACCUGUCCUGGGCAUUGCUGUCCAGUUCUUGCAGAAGCUUCUCCUCAGCUGAGAGGACUGUGCCUGCCAAGUGUGUGUGGAAGGAAGGUGUGCCUCCUCCAACUGGGCCCAGCAUCCCUUCCUUUUCAGCUUAACGUCUGCAGUAGCUCCCUGGGUGACAUCAGAAAACACCAGCCGCUUCUUGCAGGGCCAGAAACAACUUUUGAGGCCAUAGGCAGGAAUUAAAGCAGAGCAGCUUGUUCCAGGAGGGUCCUUUGUUUCCACUUCUUUCAAGGGUGUUCUCCAUCCAUCCCUAGCUAUGCAUGAGUGCUGCCCUUACACUGGGUGUUGGGGCAGGGCCAUAGGUCAGGGGCAGAGCAGUUGCCAGGCACACAAAGGUCCUGGAAGCAGAUUCCUGGUGGGUGAGAUGUCCGCAGGGGAGUUGUUCUGGCCCUCAGUUCAAUGCACUGCCCUCUUUCUAAGCUGCUUGGUUCCACUCUGUGGAAGCCCCGGAGGGUCUGCUGCCAGUCCGCAGAGGCAAUACUGAGCUAGAUCAACUGUCUUUUGUGUUCUCAUUUUGUAUUUUUAUGUUGUGAAGUGUCCGGUGAUCUUUGGAUAAGGGAUGGUAUAUUGUU